CUGUUGGUUGAAUGGUAAGUCGCAGCCCUGCGCCAGCUCACACAAGGCUCUUUUUUGUUGUCUACCGCAACAAAACCACUAUUUUCUUUCUUCUGAAACCGAAGACUGGACUCAGAAGCUCCGCAGUGCAGGGAUGGCGAAAUUAAAGCUAAUAUCUGUUACAGACACCCAGUUUCCCAUGUCAUUGCUGGAGUCCAUCAGUGAGCAGCGACACAACGGAUUAUUUUGUGAUGUGACCAUCAUCGUUCAGGACCGCAAGUUUAGGGCACACAAGACAAUGUUAUCCGCAUCCAGCACUUACUUUCGACAGCUUUUUUCCGUUGCGGGACAAGUCAUUGAGCUGAAUUUCAUCAAGUCAGACAUAUUUGAAAUAAUCCUGAAUUACAUAUACAGCUCAAAACUAGUCAGAAUUCGAUCUGACAAACUGGAUGAUCUGAUCAGUGCUGGCCAGAUCUUGGGCGUCAAGUUCAUUGCCAAUCUUGCAACACCGCUAUCACAGGUCAGGGGUUUACCUGGCUUGUCAAAAGAAGGCGAGAGUGGCAAUAUUGGCUCCACUGAGAAGAAUGAGUCUGGGACAGAGAACAUGCCCAUCAUCACUGAAUCAUUCUCGUUGUCUGCUGAGGAGUUUGGAAUGACGGGCAGCAGCGCUGGGAAAGAUGACACGGACAGCGACGAUGUCCUGUUUGUCUCGCAGGUGGAAGCCCCGAAAGCUCAGAAGACCAAGCCACCUCACAGUACGGAUGCUGAAGAAGAACCUGAGGCGAAAAAACAAAAAGUCUCCAGCGAAGAAUGGGUGAACGUGGACCAAUCUAAGAAAUCCAAGGAGCUUUCCUCUAAGGGUGUAGCAGAGGUUGGUACAGUUCAAAAUCACCUUCAACCCAAGCGAGAGCCAACACCUCUCGCCAGCCCGCCCAUGAUGUCUCCAGAGUCCAGCAGCAGUGUUCCCACUUCUCCUGCGAGAUCCUCAUCACACAGUGCACCUUCCACCCCAGCACAUGUGAACAGUUUCAUGGCCAAAGCACACAAUUCCUCUCUUUCUCCAGAAGCUAAUGAAGUGUUCGGCGUUCAGAAGAAGAAGGUCUUGAUGGAGCUUUCACCAGACCAGCCUGGCAAAAUAAAACUGUCAGAUGUUAGGCCGGCUUUCAGCACUAAUAACGGGCCUGGAAUGGACGCCACUCCAAACGUAUCCACCAAAAAGACGAUAACGUUAGACAAAGCCUCAGAAAUUGAUUCGCUUUCACCAGGAUGUAAGGUUUAUGCUAACAUAGGGGAGAACACCUAUGAUAUUGUUCCUGUCCGAGAGGACGCAGGUGAAGGAGACUCGAGAGCAGGUCCUGGACGAAAACCACAGACAUCUCCGAACAGUACGAGCAGUGUGUCGAGCAGCACGGCCAAAGGCAAAAAGAAGGCCAAGACGGAGCAGGAGGAUCACUAUGAGCUCAUCAUGGACGGCAAGACAUUUUACGUAUGCGCCGUGUGCAAGCGUCCCUACGUGUGCCUGACGAGUCUCAGGCGCCAUUUCAACACACACUCCUGGGAGAGGAAGUACCCGUGUCGGUACUGCGACAAGGUCUUCGCCCUGGCGGAGUACAGAACCAAACACGAGAUUACGCACACAGGAGAGCGGCGUUAUCAGUGCUUGGUGUGUAAUGAGAUGUUCCUCAACUACCAGCUGUUGUCUUCUCACUGUAAACAAGCUCACAAUCAAGAUCCCUCAGGCAGGAAGCAGAAGGACGACACAGACAACAACCUGUAUCGCCUUCUUCCCUGUAAAACUCUGCAGUUCAAGCCGUACUCCUUCGUCUCUGAGGAAGCGGGGGGCAUUCCGGUCAUCAACGAGGACGGACUUGUCCAGCACAUAAACCCUGGCAAAGCCCACUUCAUGAACCAGGGGGUCCCUCCUGGCGAAAGCAAAAUGUUGAACUGGGACGACGUCUUCGUCGAGCCGGAGGCGCACACGCGCCCGGGUGCUCACGCUCGCCCGGGUCCACCGCCUCGACCCGGAGGCCAAAUGAACGUGGAGAACGCGACGACAGAGUUCGAAUUUGUCAUACCAGAGACAUACUGAGUAGACAUGGACGUACAGACUUUGGUGCCUUUUAUGUUCAGGGCUAAAUUAAUUGUGUUAUGAAAUUUAAUUGGCUAAAGAAAGGCCAAUAUGGUCAUUAACAGAAGCCUGAACCCCAGUUAAAAAAAAAAGUGAGAAUAUGAGUGAAAUUUUAAGGUGCUUUUUUGGGAGGGCUAUGGUGGGGUGGGGACGGGUUUGUAAGAAUCAUGUAUUUGUUCGAAUUGUUAGUACUUAUGUCAGUUGUGCUUCGUAAGAGCACAAAAAAAAAUAAUGGAACAACAGUUCUUCUUUACCUUCCUUGUCUUUAAAGGUACAAUAUCUUAGUUUUCAUUAAAUAUUUGUAUCAUGAAUAUCAACCAAGAUUAAUAUUACCUAACAAUAGGAAUAAUUAUUGUUGAAUCUUAUAUAGUGGCAUGUUGUGAUGGCACAAGGCAGUUUCUUGUGAUUUGCCUUCAGAAAGCGUCAGUAAAAGAUAAUUUAGGGUGUUUUCAGACCUGCACCUUUUAGUCUGGUUAAACCGGUUCGUUUCACCUUGAUGCAGUUUGUUAGGGCAGGUGUGAAUAAAUGACUAUUCAAUUGCUCUCAGAUGCUGGACCAAAUGAACUGUUGUAGGUGUAGUUUAUGGUAUAUUAUUUUACCAAUAUACUACAUUUACUACAGCUAUGAACAAGUGUCAUCUCAUCUGCCAUUGCUCAAUGCAUUUUUCUUUUUUAUUUAUCACUAUAUUUUCCUACUCCCUCCCCAAACAGGUCUGACCAAAUGGCAGAAAGUACAUAUAUCUCAUAUGGUUUGUUGUGAUGCAUUUUGGUGCACUUAUUUCUUUUCUUGUAUGAAAACAAACCAAACCAAAUUAAUGGAGAACUGUUCAAAUUUAAAAAAAAAAAAAAAAAGUUAAAUAAUAUGGACCAGACCAACCCAAACUAAUUCUAAGUGUGAAAACACCCUCAAAGUAAACUGACUGACCUGUAAAAAUUAAACCUAUGUAUUGUACCUUUAAUGAAUGAUUUUGGCUAGAGCUGUUGAAGGCUGAAGCAUGAGUAGGUUCAAUAGGAUGAGUUUGGGAACAAAUAUGGACUUCACUCCAGUUUUGUUUUUAAAUCAUGCUAUAGUUUGAUACUGUUCAACACAUUCAUUAGGAACAUUAAUUAUCAUAAGAUUAUGUCACUGUGUUCAUUCAGCAAUUAAUUCAGAUUCAAAUCGAUCGUUCCCAGCUGGUGUUAGUUCUUGUAACUUAGGUUAGUGUAUAGAUUUGGUGCUUUUCUCAUGAGGAGGCUGUAUGGAAAGGUAAAAAUGAUGUUUUAUGUAAUGAGGACUCAACAAAAGUGAAUGACGGUAAAUAUUUAACAGAUUUAUUUACAGCCUUCAGCGGAUAAAACUGCUAAUAUUACACAAUCAUCUCAUGACCAACAAAAGACAUUAAAUAUAUACAGUACUGUGCAAAUUUCUACCAUCCUCAAGAACUUUCACUUCAGUAUGAUUCCCGUGGCUUGAACAGGGAUUGAAUAUGAAGAUUCAGCACUCACCAGGAUAAAAUUACGGUUUCAUAUCUCAUGUUUUGUAUAAUUUAAUUAUGUUAUUUUUGUUUUUCUGGCACAAUAGUAAUAGAUCAGUUUACAUCACCAGUAAAGGAUCUGAGGCAUACAGGGGCAAAUUCUGUAUUUAUGUUUUUUGUAUUUCUUUUGUAAGAGGAAAGAUGGAAUAAAUCUGUGAAUGUAUUUUGGUAAUGUGUCCAAGAUUGAGGAGGUUGUUGGGAAUUGUAAAAUUGUACAAUUUUUAAUUUAUAUGCUGGCCAUAUAUGCUGUGCCCAUUCCCAUCGGAAGCGCAGUUAGUAAUUUUGGAAGCAACAUUGCGUGCCUCUACUGAACAGUGAAGUAUCCAAGCCAAGGAUUGCGUUGUAAGAGUGAUGUAAAGGAUCUUGGUUUUUCAUUUACAUGUUGUCUGUGUUUUGUACCUUUCUUUUCAUACACACACAUAUAUAAGUAUUCCAUUGUAGUCUUGUCAGUAGCUGAACUGUUUUGGACAGUAGGAUGUGACUGUGAUCUCCUCAGUGAGAAAGUGAGUGCUCUAACAGUUGUUAAUCAUGGAUAUAUAUAUAUUUUUUGUACUACUAAAGACCUUCAUUUUAACAGUCUUUCUUUUGUUUGGAACCAUAUUUAUUAGGUCUCAGUGCUGUACAAAGUGAAAUAAAACUCCAUAGAGUACCUUC